GUAAGCAACACGCGACUUGCGCAGCGUGGUUGCCUGACUUCGCUACUCUGGCUGAGCCCGAGGAACUACACUGUGAGAGGGCAUCUCCUGCCCAGGUCCCGUUUGUCGCUUUGCACUCUCCGGUAGUGAACCCUGGCCGGCAUGGUUGUGCAGCACUGGGACCUGAAUUUCAGCACCAGUGACAGCUCCAUCCUAAACAAAAGCGCUAAUGUCAGCUUGCGAGACUCCUCGGCGCCUCAGGACCCCUCCGGUCUGAGCAGGACUGGCCACACGGUGGUGGCGGUCUUCCUCGGAUUCAUCCUAAUUCUAGGAUUCCUGAGCAACUUCCUUGUCCUGCUGAUCUUUGCAAGGUUCCAGGCGCUGCGAACUCCCAUCAAUCUCAUCCUGUUGAACAUCAGCGUGAGCGACAUGCUAGUUUGCAUAUUUGGGACUCCGUUCAGCUUCGCCGCGAGUCUCUACGGUAGAUGGCUCAUAGGGCAUCACGGCUGUAAGUGGUACGGCUUCGCCAACGCACUUUUCGGAAUCGUGUCCCUGGUGUCCCUGUCCACGCUGUCGUAUGAGCGCUACUCGACGGUGCUCUGCUCGGCCAAGGCUGACGCAUCCGACUACAGGAAGGCGUGGCUGUUCAUCGGGGGCUCGUGGCUCUACUCGCUGGUGUGGACCGUGCCGCCGCUCCUGGGCUGGAGCAGCUACGGGCCUGAGGGUCCAGGCACCACCUGCUCGGUGCAGUGGGAGCAGCGCUCGGCAAACAGCGUCUCCUACGUGGUCUGCCUCUUCGUCUUCUGCCUGCUGCUGCCCCUGCUGCUCAUGGUCUUCUGCUACGGGAAGAUCAUCGUCGUCAUUCGAGGGGCAGCCAAGAUCAACCAGACGUCCGCGCAGAGGCGGGAGAACCACAUCCUGGUGAUGGUGGUGUUCAUGGUGUCCUGCUACCUGCUGUGCUGGAUGCCAUACGGGGUGAUGGCGCUGGUGGCCACCUUUGGUAGGAAGGACCUGGUCAACCCCGUGGCCAGCAUUGUGCCCUCCAUCCUGGCCAAGAGCAGCACUGUGAUCAACCCCAUCAUCUACGUGCUCUUCAACAAUCAGUUUUACAGGUGCUUUGUGGCCCUCGUGAAAUGCGGGGCAGAGCAUCAGUCGGGCCACACCCUCAACACCCAGCCCAGCAGCAGGGUCGAGGACCACCUGGGCAAUGGCCUGCCCCUCCCCCUCCUGGGGCCCAUCACAUCCCCUGAGCUCUCCGGGACGCCCUUCGGCACCCAGAUCGGCGCCCUACAGCAAGAGAGUGGCACCCUGGUCCUGGUGGUGCACUACACCCCCCGACGAGCUGGGCAGCAAAGCCAGUGAUAGGGGAGGUUUGGGGGGCAUAUUUGGGCGGACCCACCAUGGAGGGGCCAAUGGAGGUCCGGUCCCAGACUGACAGACAGACAGACAGAAAGACUGAGCAGGGCACCUGUGAACCACGGCCACCUGCUCUCUGCUGUGAAGCUUCGCGUCUCUUUUCUUUGCGGUUGUUUCU